AUGGCUGGCAAAUGUUCAAUGCCGCAAUUUAUUGCUCGAUGUUUAGAGGAGAUUGGUCUUGAGGGCCGUUGCGGAUUACCAUUAUGCGAGCUAUUUGAGACUCUGGACCCUGAGAAAGAUUUGGCCUACCGUACUUACACCUGGAGCAUACUGCGCAGCAUGGAGAGCCAGCUGAGUUUUCAUAUCAUGCGUCCACUGGAUAUAAGUGCGGCCGAAACAAAGCCUGUGGUGAGUGGCGUGGAAGAAGAUAUGGUGCCUCGGCGCAAACGUAAGUGGAAAACUACGCUACUCAAAUGCUCGAGCACCGAGGCCGCAGAGAUGGAAACGUCCGUAAAUGAUUUUGCAAAGCGCGCACUCAAGCGAAAGAAAAUUAAAGCUCAAUCGCUUCAGCCCGUGCUGCCAUCCAUGAGACGUAUUGCAGCUCAAAAGGAACGUCGAAGGCAGUCCGAAUCUGAUUGUGAACGUCGCAAUCGUAUAGACAAGACAACUCGAUUACGACGGCGGCGACAACGAAGUGAUGUCUGCAGUACCGAAGAAAAAAUGAUUAUAGGUAAAAUUGAAAAGAAAGAUACACUAGACGACUUGGUGACGAAGAAAAACAUAAAAAAACAGAGAAUUGAGCAGGAUCAACCACCGCAACAGGAAAGAAAAGAAGCAAUCAACAUCAAGCUGGAAGAUGCUGAAGAUGAGGCGCAGUGGGUCUUACGAAGUCCAAGAGGUUUUCGCCUCGGCGAGGAAGUGGAUGUAAGAGGAUUGAGUUACGAAGAAGCUAUGACAAGUAAUCAAGAUGGUGUUCUAGGUGUUCUUGCGUGCGAACAAGUGAGGCUUAAGUGUUUGGGUGUCGAAGACACGACUUCUAUGGAUACAAUUUCACCACAGUUCGACCUUCUAGAGAUAAUAGGUCGCUCAAAAGUACGCGGUGAAAAUGCAGCAUCGUUGACCAACUCACGGUUAUUCGGAGACUCUCGAAAGCUUCACUAUUUAUUGGACAUGUUGAUAGGUGGUAAGUACGUUGUGAAAAAUAUUGUUACAGCUAAUCAGCGAAGAUUCAAUAUUGUCCACCUGCGGAGGUUUGCCAGUCAAUUUCGCCCAGCCAUGGUAUCUCCAUCGGCAUCAAUAGGGUGGCAGGCGUUUCCAAAAGAAGCAUUAGCACAAACUAUCGUCAGCAUGAUGAGAGCACGAGGAGAUCGAACGUGUGUAUUUGCAGAUAUCGGACGUGAAUUAGGCUACGGAAAACGCCAUCAAGAGCAGCUACGGAACUAUUUUAUCCAGCAAAUGAAUUAUAGGCCAACUUUUCCCCUUCAAAUGUUUAUGGCCCGGUGUAAAACGGCUGGUGAGUUGAUAGGGCGGAAGCUUUGGUGUAUCCGUCGACGCGAUGAUUCGCCUGGUGUUUCGAGUCGACGACAUGGGUCAUCACUGACGUGUGAGGAGCUUGAGCCAGGUUGUCAGGCCGUCGGGCGCCCCGCCAUUGAGCGUGGGAUCAUGGAGCAAAUGUAUGUGGCUAUACAAGACCGGGAGGUCGUCGGAGCAACAGUACCUGAGCUUCGUGAUGUAUUAGGCGUCCCAACUUUUAAAUUGCCUUACAAGUUGGCGCAAGGAUUGAUUUCAAAUUACAAUAUAUCAGUCGAGCAGGUUGUGUCAGGCAAAAGUACUGUGUACCGUAUGUUUAUUCCUGGUGCUGAGAAGUAUGAAGAAAAUUGCCAACAUGGUAUGUUUGAUAAUAGUAGCAAGUUUAUCAGCUCCACUGUAAGUGCGCGAGCUACAAGCUCUUCUCACCAGAAUUUCAAAUCAAAAAGAACAGACGGUAAUUGUGAUGGCAAUAAUUUGUUUCAACCUGGCACGAUGAUGCAGGCAGCAAGAGGAACAGUGAGGACAUCAACGAUAGAUAGGCGGAGAAAGUAUAUUAUUGAGCGAGUGCAGAUGGAAAAGAUUGUAUCACUGCAUCAAUUACGCUCAGGGUUAAUUGAGAUGGAGCGAGAAGCAGAAGCAAGUACCAUGGACAUUCGCUCCGUACGCCGUAUUGUUGACAAACUGGUGGAGGAGAAAAUAAUGACGCUAUUGGAUAUCACAUUACCGCCUAAACAGGUUUUUCAAAAAUUUCACCGUAAGGUCAAAUGUGCAGUGCUGCUAGAACAUCAGCGCAGUCAUGAAUCCAUCCGAGCGUUUAUCGAAGCAUACGAGAAGGAGCAGCAGCAGAAGUAUCGGGCCAAUUUUGCCAACCACGAUAAUGACGACUAUGUUGUGGUUUCGAAUCGCAGAAAACACCAGCAAAUCAGUACGAGUGAAGGGAGUGGAAUACACAAUCUGGAAUCUUAUGAGCAGGAGGUCGUCAAUUACAGCGCGAUGUCCUACAAGUUAGCACGUCUUGGGCUAGCAAAACAGCAGAAACAAGGCCGCCGUCUUGGGAUGUAUUUUGGUAUGAUGUACAAGUGUCGGGCUUUUCACGUCAUCAUUUGGAAUCGACUUGACAAAUUAAACGCUAGAUAUAAUGUCGAUAAACCUCCUGAUGCGAUCAAUGCGGCAUCUUCUUGUAACAAUUCAACGGAAGUGUCUUUCGCACUGAAAGAUAUCAUUGACCUUAUGACGGUAAAAGAGUAUGUCCAGCUUGUCGGCGUCCCGAAAUUGCUUACCGAAAGGGAAGAACAACUUGUCAGAGUGGCAAUAUUGAAAGGCAGCUCGUGGGAUGCACUAUCGACUUCUCUUGCGGAAAAACUUCGGGGAUGCGAAGCAGAUCGCUUUUCAAAAAUUAUGCGGGUUUUGCUUGAUUUGAGGCUUCUUCAGGUAGUACACGACACUUCUUCAACUGGACUUUUUGACGUAUUCCAGACAUGUGAUGACUUCGAUUCCAUUGUUUCAAGGGUAGCGUUUGCUACUAUGUCGGGAGGGUUAUUCAAGAUCAAGCGUCUCGUUCAUAUCAGUGUAAAACAAGGAACACGCGUGCUACACCGUCUUCCAUCUGAGUGUUCCUAUGCAUAUGCUCCAGGAUUUUCAUGCCGAAGCAAGAGCGAUCAUUUUACAGGGCGUGUUCCUCUCGAAUUUGAGUUCAACGACGCAAACGAUGUCAAGGCCUACUGGAAGUCGCUUCGUUUCUUAAGUGUCGAAGGGGCCUAUUUGCGAACCGCUUCAUGUGAUUCCAACAGUGUGAGUGUCAAGCUUAACGGCGAUUUAAUUCAGUCGGCUCCACUAUCAGAGCACAAUAUUUAUGUGCUUAAAGCUUGGGUCCCUCACUCAACGAGCACCACAAGAAAUAGUACUGCCCGAGCUCGAGCAGCGGCGGGACCCAUUCAAAUGCUCCAGCGUAAGCAUUGCCAAGACGAUAUGCCUUCUAACGCGACAAUCUUGCAAAAACGACAGAAAACCGCCAAACCUAGCAUAUUCUCAACUUCGGCUUUGAUGACACCAGCAGAUACUAGUAAAGCCGGUGUGAGUAAAUUUCGCAAGCAAGUUAGUGCAAGGAAAACUUGUCGAACCUUGACUUGGAGUCUUAAAGAUGACUUGCGAUUGGUAGACCUUUACCUUGAACAAAUGUCACGACGAUGGUUUGUCGAGGUGCCGCUAGCCCUUCAAAAGAGAGAAGAGCGUGUUGCUUUUCGGACGACAAAUCUGACUCGCACUCUUAUAUCAUGGAAGGAGCUCGGAAAGGCUUUCAAAAGGAAGCCUAUUGAGUGUAUGCUCCGCAUAAAUGAUUUACUUGAGGCCCCAGCGAUUCAAGCAAGGUUGGAAAGGGCUAAGAUUACCAUUACUCAAAUGAAAAACCCUGGUGGAAAGUUUCACGAAGAAGUGGCCGUUAUGAAUCAGCCACGAUUAACAGCAUUAUUUUGCCGAGCAUUGCAAGUGGUACUUCACGAGCGUUCUUGUUAUUACUCGGUACUGGCUGAUGCACUUUUGAGUAACUGGAUGGAAAGUGAGGCAAAACUGGUGUGGAGAUACAUGUGGCUGGCUGGAAUCAUUAUCCGUACACCUCAAGCAAAUGAAGGGAAGGAUCAAAAACAACGCGGAUUUCAAGUUCACUCAAAAGUGUUCGAAAUGAAAAGCCUGAAGAUUUCUCAUUACUGGAUGGAAACUUUUUGUGAAGCAGCUGAAUAUGUGUCGUUUGUUAACGAAAACGUCGAUGAAGCCACGAUUGAAAAUGAGGAAUCCGAUCGAUAUUUUGAGCAUGAAAUGGAACCAAACGUGCCAUCCGGACAAGCUGCCGUGGCAUUGUCUUCAAUGAUUUCGGGAUUUUGCCGUCUUGUGCCGUCGUAUGUGAAGCCCUCGAAAAAAUGUGCGGAUGACUGCGAUUUUCAACAAACAUUUGCUGUGAAAGGUCUUGCCGGACACUUGUCGCGGCAGUGUGAUGGCGUGAUUCCUGACGACUUUCUUGCGGAGUUGUGGAAUGUAAAAAUUAUCUUUGGUAUCUCUGACGUGUCCACACAAGCUCGAAAGAUCAAAGAGAUGGAAGCCUUUUCCUGUAGCAUUCAGAUGCGCCAACAGACGCAAAGUAAUUUUAAAGCUAAGUGGACAAGGCAUGAAUCAUACGAAUCUGUGUCGUCGUGGUUGUCUGCCACACUAACAGAAGCGGCUAGCUCAGGAAUGUCGCUGAAGGAGCUAAGCAAUAAGUACACAGCAUCUGGACUAACAAAUUUUGCCGAAUGCAACACAGCAGUAGAUAUGCUCAUCCAGCGCGAGGUUGAAAAAUUGGUCCACGAAGGGAUUGUGCUGGAAGUGAAUGGAUACGAUCACAGCCGCUUUUUACUCCAAGAGUUUGCUGACCUCUGGUCCUUGCAUCCUUACCGAAUCUCGCACAAUUCAACCGCAGACAAGGUUCACUUCUUAUUUGAUAAGACCAGCACUGUUGUAGCCCGACCAUGGCUUCACUUAGAUGGAAGUGUGAAUAUGAAAAUAGCACUGAAAGUAAAGCGAAAGGUUGUGAAUAUUGUCAUGUGCUGUCCUGGUAUUUGUGACCGUGCCAUUCACAGGAAGAUGCGCAAACUUUUUAGCCUACAAGAUAUGCGCUCUCUUUUGGAGGAGCUAACGGAUAGCCGAAUUCUGUACGCGAGAGUCAUUCGCCGCCACUGUUCUCCAUUCGCCAGCAUCUUCAACUUGCCGAGUAGCCCACCACAUCAAAACUGCGACAUUCUGGCAAUUUUUCCUGGAGAACUUCGAUAUGUGGACUUUUCUCGUGAUCACUUGCUUUACUUUCCGUCCGUUAAUUGCAUUGAGCUGCUUGGCGCCGAGGCGUGUGAUGCCGAUUUUGGAUGCUUCAAAUCUAUUUAA